UUACAGAUUUCUCGACCGUAAAACUUUAUUCGUGUGUUGACCACAAACUGUGAAGGUGAUGGUACCGAUCUAGUUGGCGCAGACGAAAACAAAAGUGACUUGUUUUUGUUAUACAGGCCGACUUGAUGACAGUUUUUUUGGAUAUCUUUACCAGAACGCGAACCCCCGAAAUGUUGUUCUUGUACCCCAUACUUUUUAUUCUUCCUGCAAUGGCUUCAGCUCGUAUUGAUUGCUCGAGAGAGUCCUACGACGAGUGUAUUCGAAUAGCUGAUCCUUUGGUCAAACAGCCCCAUUUGAUAUUCCCUGAUAACAUGAACGACAUUGACAUUGUAUGCAGAACUUGGAAUAAAUUCGUUGAUUGUUUGAAAUACUACACCGAUAAUUGUUUCACUGAACAACAAAGACGUCAGUUUAAUAAAGCAGUGGAAGAUUCGAUUGAAAGUGUGCACCAGAUGUGUGUACAACCCAGCUACCAGAAAGAGUACCUCCAAUACGCCCCAUGUAUCAAAAGUACCAUCACAGAACCCGUCCAUUGUGGCUCGCAGUAUAAUCUUCUUGUGGACCAAGUCGCUCAAGGUGAAAUCAUCUCAAAAUCGACUUUGUGUUGCUCACAUGACCGCUUCAAGCAGUGUAUUUUGAGAGAAACGCGCCGAUUAUGUGACCGAAACGCCGCCGAAGGCCCCGCCUUAAAAUUUGCAACUCAUAUAAUCGACAAGGCUUUGAGUUUCCUCCAAGACCAAUGUUACAACUACAUCCCUAAUUCCGGCGAUUGCACAACUCUCACCACCGAUUCACAACCCUUUUCCGACCCUUUAUCAAUCUCAACGUCAUCUAGCGAAGUUUACCCGUGGAGCACCAUCCAAGACAUCGCCCCGAAAGAAAUCCCUCCAUCACGGGUAACUCCUCCGAAACCGUCCACAACUUCAACAUGGCUGCCAUCGUCCAGUAUGACUCCAAACUCGGAAGCUUCCCCCACCCAAAUGCUAGGUUCUCGGACACGCCCCGCAUCUUUUGGUCGAGCAAGCAGUUGGUCGGACACGCCCACGGGGAUGUCUACAACUCCAUCCUCGCGUCCUGAUUGGGCAACAGUGGCGAGUUGGAGCCCUCAGAGUGAGAGUGAUAAGACCACCACGUGGUAUCCGGCUGCUGGUACCGAACUGGGGAACCAAGUUGAAGAACCCAACCAGCAAGGGCUGACCAAACCCAGGAAUGGGGCCGCGACAAAGGGGUUAGGUGUGGCUGUGGCCCUUUUGGCGGCGAUAGGGCUUCUAGGGUAGGCCAAGGGCGAAGGAAGGAAGUACAAGAGCAAUAAUUUAUUUUGACAGCACUAGUCAGAUUACCAAAUAGUCCGAUGUACUUGAUUUUAAUAAACUUAUUAUUUUCUGA